AUGAGUAACAAGCGGGUCCGGCCAACUUUCAGGAGUCUCUACGGCCGGCCAGAGUCUGACGUCGAGUUCGUCAGCUCAAUGACCGGCGGUAGCGGCAUGAGGCGGAGGCCGGCGUUGGUGGACAGUUACUCAUGUCGGCAGAUGUACCUGCGUAGCUAUACUUUCUCUACAGCAAAGAAGGAGAGCAUAACGGAAAAGACGAAACGGUGCCUGGAGAAAGUAAGAGAUCACGCUGGAGCAUCCCUCCGGGCUUUGCCUCGACACCGCCAACGGCGGCCAGUCCGGCGAAUUUGGAUUGGGGACAUGAAGAAGACGACUAAGGACUGUGCGGCGGCGGUGAAGAGGAUUAGAAGUGUAUCGCUCUCUGCAGUUCACUACGUCUUCCGACGCCUCCUCUCCUGCACCACCACCGUUGAAGUAGCCGCCGGCGUUGGUUCCAAGGGGUAA